UUUUGUACGGAAACAUAUAAAAAAGCAAAGAAUUAGUAAAAAGAACAGAAAAGAAUUGGGUAGUACGGAAUACAAGGAAGGAUUAAUUACUGAUAAAUCAGUAAUUAAAGGAUAAAGCCAUGAUUUAAUGUCCCCCACGUGCGCCCGUGACCGGGAGUGAGGGUUCACCUGACACUGUAGAAAAAUUUCAUUAGCCUCACCUUGAAAUGUCACUGUUGCAAUCUGACCGCCCAAUCAUUUGCCAUAAAAAUCACAGUUAUCCCCACCGGCAGUCACUCUAUCACAUUUCACCAUCGUCUUUUUUUCUCUCAUUGAAGAAACUCCGCCCUCAUUGUAUAUGGCUUCCCUGUUAAUGUAACUUCAGCUUUGUAAUAGAAACCAAAUCCAAAAGCCAAAGCCACCAAAAAAAAAAAAAAAAGGACAGUAGCUGAAACACAUGAAAAGAGAAAAAAAAAAAGAUAAAAAUGGGGGAUAACAUUAACCUUAACAUGUUUCAUUAUAAGAAUAAUACUAGUAAUAAUAAUUAUAAUAAUGGGAUGUGUUUAUCUUCUUCUUCAGAUGACAUAUCCAAUCUUCUUCAUCAAAUUCUAGUUCAUUCUUCUUCUUCUUCGUCUUCGUCUUCUAGGAUGGCCCACUUUGGGGGUCCAACCAACAAUCCACGGCGGUUGUCACGGUCACUGCCACCACCUGGUGGUGGUUUGAAGCAAGGGAUGAUCUUGACUGUUGAUUCUUGUGGGAGAGGGAGUGGAGGGUUGGCUUUGGUUGGAGCUGCUGGUGAGAAUGAUACCGAUGAGUAUGACUGUGAAAGUGAGGAGGGUCUUGAAGCAUUGGUAGAUGAGGCACCACCAAAGCCAGCUCCAUCUCGUAGCUCGUCAAAAAGAAGCAGAGCUGCGGAGGUCCACAAUUUGUCUGAAAAGAGGAGGAGGAGUAGGAUUAAUGAGAAAAUGAAAGCAUUACAAAACCUGAUUCCAAAUUCUAAUAAGACAGAUAAAGCUUCUAUGCUGGAUGAAGCUAUUGAGUAUUUGAAGCAGCUUCAGCUUCAAGUUCAGAUGCUGUCAAUGAGAAAUGGAUUAAGCUUGCAUCCUAUGUGCUUACCUGGAGUUUUGCAACCAAUCCAAUUUUCUCAAACAAGAAUGGACUUUGGUGAAGAAAAUGGAUCUCUACACAUGAAUCUGUCAGGCACAUUGCCAGCAGAUCAAGAAACCUCGGCGCAGAUGGUUUUUAAUCUACCCAACCAAUGCAGUUCCUCAAACCCUGCAACUGUACCGGACAUGUCAAACAUAGUAACUUCGGAAACUCCAUUCGGGUUGGAAUCAAUCCAGGCCCAGUUUGAGCCUUUUCAGCUCCUCUCAUCAUCUCAGGAUAUUUGCAGGGAAGACAUUCUGCCACAUCAUCAGCUAAAGAUAAAUACAUCAGAAUUUGGUUCAGCGGCUACAAGUGCAGUUUUACUUCCCUUUGAUACACGAGAGUCUGAUAUUAAGGAAAGUGGUUCUCAUGAAGCGAGCAUGAUGAGAAGAGACCAAUCAAGCAGUGUUAUCUUAAAGAAUAUGGAGCAUGACCUUAUAAUUCCUCAGCCCCUGACUGGCAGGCAAGCAGGAAGGAGUGACUCAAGUGAUGAAAUCAAAACUGAAAAACCAAACUUCUGAAUUGGCUGCUUAAACUGAUGCCUACUCUGUUAGCCUUUUGGAUUUAGUAUAACAAAAAUUACAGUCUGGUUUUGUCUCUUUUAUAUUUCUCACAAAACCUCCAUAGUGAAGGCAGUAUCUUGAACUGCCUCUUAAGCAUCCAGCGGUGAAUGAGCAGUAAACAUAGCAUUACCUCAGCUGGGUAAAGUUAGCAGCUGUCACGUUCUGUUAAAUUUCCAUCAUAAUUUUCUAGCACGUUAAAAUUCUCUUUAAAUGAUAGUAAUUCAUAGUUCUUGUCGCCUUGAACUAAAUCAGCCAUAUGUCAUAUUUAAUCAUCUAUCAUCGGGUAUAUUAUCUCUUUACAAAGUAGAUGAUCUUACAGUCACUAUUCAUAAAAACUGAUUUUCUGUGUAGGCACGUUUUAACU